AAAGUAACAGUAGGACCAUUACCUCAAAGGUUUUUGGUUAAAUUUGUUGGUAGUAGACCAUGUAGUGGAUUGUGGGGGUCGAAACAUACCAGAGAACCUGUUGAUAAUAUGGUGCAAGAACUGAGACAAAUGGACAAAAAAGAUGAUUUGCCAUUAAUAAAUUUCAAAAUACAGGAAGAUGGUAUAAAGAUGGCCGUUCAUCCAAAAAGCUGUUCUAGUAAAAAGUUUUCUGAAUGUACUUUUAUUCCUCUGCAUUUUAUUUCAUACGCAGUCCAAGAUUACCGCUAUUCAAAGUUAUUCGUUUUCAUUCUUGUACGCGAAAUGUCGAGUAAAAUAAAAGUAACGGAAUGUCAUGCAUACCUUUGCGAUGGAAUGGUGUCGUGCAGACAAAUGUCUCUUUCAAUGGCCGAUGCCUUUAAAAAAUUAGAACUACGCGUUAAAGAC